AACAAAAAAAAUGCACGUUUGGUUUGAGUGAUGUGUGAAAACGGGAUACGGUCGCUGGUGCAGGCUGAAGCGCGCUCCCGUGAGAUGCGCGCAACAGAUGUCGAUGUGAGCGGAGAGGAGCGCGCCAAAUAGGAAGCAGGGCAGCUGUAGUCUGACAACAAACCGCUUCAACCUCUGGACUCAUCGUUAUUAACUCCUAUGACUUCUCGACCCAGCGGUGUGUCUUCUAUCCGGACCAAACACUGAGCAGCCCGGACUCAUUCUGCAGACAUGGAAGGAGACAGUGUGAGCAUAUGGCCACGUAUGGAGCCCUUCCUACUAGGUGCCCUGCAGGUGGCUCCCUCCUCCAAACUCAGCCUGCACUACCUUCGUAAGAUGGCCACUUAUGUACGAACACGAGACGGCUGCUUCCCCGUUCUGGGCUGGCCCAUGUGGAGGCACAUCGUCUGUGAAAAGCUGCAGCUUCCAGAAGACCUUGCGUGGCUUUACUUUGAGACGUUUGAUCUUCUUAUAGGCCACACACCAGAGGAGAGGCUGGAGUGGGCAGAGUGUCUUUCCCAGUGUUCUUCCAAAAGCGAGCUUGACCUACAAAGGAACAAGCUGUCUGUGGACACACUGCAGUUCCUCCUCUUCCUCUACAUCCAGCAGCUGAACCGAGUGUCACUGCGCACCUCCCUGAUUGGUGAAGAGUGGCCCAGCCAUUGCACUCGAUCCCCGUCUCCAUCAGACCGAGAGGCCAAGACCAGCUCUCAGAACAAGAACUGGGAUGAUCAGGCCCACCUGUCAUUUGUGCAAAGCCAUCUGGCGGAGAUUUUGGAGCUGCUGGUGGAGCCCGGCCAGCUGUCUCAAUCUGGACAGGCUUUAAGAGACUGCCAGAUAUCCCUGGAUGCUGUGCGGAGUUUGGGCCUGCUCCUGGAGGGCUCGGCUUGUCCUGGUAGACCUGUCCAGCCCGUCCACCGGCUGCUGACCAAAGGUCCACUUCAAAUACAAGCUGGUUACUCCACACUGAGCCGCUCCUUCCCCCUGCACAAACUCCUCUCCUGCCUCCAACGCAGCCUCACGCUCAACCCCUUCGGCAUAACCGCCUGCCUCCGCUCUGGAAAGAAACUCGCCUGGGCUCAACAAGUGGAAGGGGCCAUGAAGAGAGCCAGGAUAGCCAGGAACACCCACACGGCUCCACCUGGCAGUAAGAUGGUGCUGAUGUCCCAGGUCUUCAAACAAACGCUGGCCAAAACCUCAGACAAGCUGACUGGUGCCAACAUCAAAAUCCACAGAUGCUCCGACGCCUUCAUAUACCUGCUCUCACCUCUCAGAUCCGUCAGUGUGGACAAAUGUCGGGACAGCAUGGUGGUUCUGGGUCCUGUUGAGACCAGCGUCCACAUCCACAGCUGCCACAACGUGCGGGUGGUGUGUGUGGCUGGCCGGAUCGCCAUCGGCGCCUCCUCGCGCUGCACCAUCCACGCCCUGACGCCAACCCGCCCUUUGCUCCUGCCUGGAAACACAGACGUCACCCUGGGUCCUUUCCACACUUUCUACCCCUCCCUGGAGGAUCACAUGGCCAGUGUGGGGCUGGCUGUCGUCCCCAAUGCUUGGGAUCGGCCCCUGCUUCUGGGGACAGAGGGCCUCGCCAACCCCCCAGUUAACACGUCCUCCUGCCCAGACCAUGCCUGCUUCCGCCUGCUGCCUCCAUCUGAGUUUCACACCAUCGUCGUGCCUUUCCAGAUGGAGGGCGACACAUGCGAGGUGCCUGGUGGGCUUCCUCCUCAGUACCAGGCUGCGCUCGAUGAAAAGGACAAGAGGAUACAGAACUGGCAGAAGACAGUGAUGGAGGCUCGACUCAACAAGGAGCAGCGGAAGCAGUUCCAGGAGUUGGUGGAGGUCAAGUUCCACGAGUGGCUUCUGGAAACGGGGCACCGGCAGGAGCUAGACAGCCUCAUCCCACCUACGAUAGCUUCUCUGCAGGACUCAAACGGGCCAGCAGCAGACACUGCCCGGGUUAACAACGGCAAACACAUGAGGACUGGGCAGGGGGAUGGCCACUCACCUAUGGCCUGUUGAAGUGUUGGGUUAUUGACACCUGUAGAUUAGGACAGUGUUGCUCAGGCAUGUCUGGAGCUGCUGAUCCAGCUUGUAGAGCGACUAACAGGUAUGUCCAGCUUUACUUCUUAAGAAAAGGCAGCUAAGUCAUUACCAGGCCAGGCAGGGAGUGGAUCGGCAUGCUGUAAAACCACUCCUCUGAGGGGAGACCUGUAAAAACACGGAUGGAGCAUGUGUGAAGUUACCGCAAGCUUUUAAAGGGGCAUUUGGGAAAAGCUUAUCUUUGGAUCUAAUGCUGAAUGUCAUGUUUGGGAGACAGAAAAUCUAAUUUUGGUCCAAAAAAGUGAGGAAGGGACCAAUGUGAUUUACUGUCAGUUAAGCAGACAUGCCCUAAAACAUGUUCUCCGAUAAGGUAAUAGCUCUUAUGACUCUAUUAAGACACAGUUUUACAUUUUGCAUUAACUAGCGAUACAGUGUUCUUGGUAAAAAGGAGAAUUUGAGACUUAUUGUGUCAACUAACAGCACUUGCAACUCAUUUCAUCAGUUUUCAGCCUUCUGUAAAGCUUGGUGUGGUCAGAAUCCUAGAGAACUAUGACACGUGAACAUGCUACCUUUCCUUCUUUCACACAGUCUGGAGUUGUAGCUCUUCACAAAUUCAUCCCACAAACUGCAUCUGUAAAGAAACAACUUCACAAAGGGAAAUUUCUGUGCAUUUAAAGAUGCAGAAUGUAGAUGCUAAAUAAGUUUAGCACUUUGGGUAUAAAGAACAUUUAAGUAGCUAUUUGCUCAGGUCAUGGUAUUUUUUGUUAUUAGAUUAUUAAAAAAUGGUAAUCAAGAAAGCAAACUCUAAUAAUUCCAAUAAUAAUAAUAAUAAAAAUAACUUAUUUUAGGUGUGUGAUUCCGCCAUCCAGACAGGUACGUCAGCAAAGUGUCACAAAUCCAACCUACAGUAGUACAGUAGUACAGUACAGCAGCUGUUUGUCUGCUCUGUCAUUUAUUGCGGACUUGUCCUUUAAUUUAUUCACCCAUAACAAAACAAGCAGAUUCAUUUUGUGAAGAAUUUAAUAAACCUGUUGCCAGUUUUGCUACAAAUCCUAAAAGUAUUUUUCUAUUAAUCCAUCUUAAUAAAUAUGUAUAUUUUAGUUUUGUAGAAAGAUUAUUAUUUAUGAGUCUACCUUGUCUCCAGAACCAGAUUUAGCAUUUGUUACCUCUAAGUGUACUUCAGGCAUUCGUCUUCUGUUUUUUUUUUGUUUGUUUGUUUCACAGACUAAAACCAACAUAGAUUCAACAGAGCAUCUUAAAGGCAGCCUUGUAUUCGUUACAGGAAGGCAAAGAAACGUGCUGGAAAAUGUGACUGUAAAAGAUGAAAGUUGAUACACUGUCAAAUGCCUUACUGCUGUUUUUUGUCUUUACUUCAGAAACAUUCCCGCUGAUUUGAACACCUGAAUGCAGUUAUUAAAUAAAGAGCACAAAAUAGAUUUUGAUUGUUGAAUUAGAAAAUAAUAAAGGUUUUCACUGAA